GAGAGUGAGAAUCAAGAGAGAGAGUGAGAAUCUAGAGAGAGAGAGUGACUGAGAGCACUGAGAGAGAGAAUCAAGAGAGAGAAACUAGAGAAAGAAAGAGAUUGUAGUAGAAGAAGAAGAACAAUAGACAGAGGAAGACACUGUGAGAGAGAGAGAGAGUAGAAACUAGAAACCCCAUUUUCUCUCUCUACUUUCUCACUCUACAAUCCAAACGAAACGCGCAUUUCAUCGACGGAGCAGCGUCUCUCAUUCUCUCCUCCGUCGUCGUCGUCGUCGCAACCAGCUCCGGUUCAAUGGAGCAGUACGGCCGCUCCAACGAGGGCUCGCGGUCUGAUCCGUCGCCGGAAUGGACCGGACCCGGCGGCGAAACUGGCCUUGAAGAACCUAUGUGGCAAUUGGGGCUGGGUGGUGCUGCUUCCGACGAAUCGUAUCCGCAGCGUCCCGAUGAGGCUGAUUGCUCCUACUAUUUGAGAACCGGUUUCUGCGGCUUUGGUUCCCGGUGUCGGUUCAAUCAUCCCCGUGACCGUGGCGCGGUUAUUGGAGCUGCCAGAACUGCCGGGGACUAUCCAGAACGAGCAGGCCAGCCUGUGUGCCAGUAUUAUAUGAGGACAGGAUCGUGCAAAUUCGGUGCGUCUUGCAAGUAUCAUCACCCUAGGCAGGCAGGAGGCAUGGCUAGUCCGGUGUCACUAAAUUAUUAUGGAUAUCCAAUACGACCGGGUGAGAAAGAGUGCUCCUAUUAUGUGAAAACGGGACAAUGUAAGUUCAGUGCAACUUGUAAAUUCCAUCAUCCACUUCCCACUGGUGUUCAAAUUCAAGCACCACCGCCAGUUCCCCCGGUUUCACCUUUACCUGUACCAGUACCUUCACCCUUGUAUCAAAACGUACAGUCUCCAUCUGGUCCUUCAUCUCAACAAAUCGGUGUACUGGUUGCAAGGCCACCUUUAUUACCUGGUUCGUUUGUUCACAGCCCCUACGGACCUGUGGUAGUCUCCCCUACUAUGGUUCCUUUUUCUGGUUGGGGACCAUAUCAAGCUUCUGCAACAAGCCCAGUACUUCCUUCCAGCUCUCCAUCUAAUGUUGGUUCAACACAGCUUUAUGGGAUAACUCACCUACCUUCAUCUGCUGCUGCCUAUACUGGACCAUAUCAACCUUCUGGUUUCUCAGUUGGUCCUUCAAGCAGUAGUCAGAAGCAGUCAUUUUCAGAAAGGCCAUAUCCACCAGAAAUUCAGUACUAUUCGAAAAUAGGGGAGUCAAAAUUGGGUCCAUCAUAUAGGUAUCAACAUCAAGCAGACAUGAAUGCUGCGCCGAAAGUGAAUGUCAUUCUUAGUCCUGCAGGCCUUCCUUUGCGCCCGGGGGCACCACCUUGCACUCAUUAUGCACAGCGGGGAGUAUGUAAGUUUGGUCCUGCAUGCAAGUUUGAUCAUCCUAUGUCUUCAAUGAGUUACAGUCCAUCUGCUUCUUCCCUGACUGACAUGCCAGUUGCGCCCUAUCCUGUGGGUUCAUCAAUUGGUACUCUUGCUCCACCAUCUUCAUCAUCAGAAUUGCAGCCCGGACUUACCACAGGAUCCAACAAGGAGUCUGUUCCAUCCAGAAUAUCUUCAUCAAUGAACACAUCGACCGGAUCUGUUGGCUUGACUUUGUCUACCGGUGAACCUGUUUCUCAAUCAAGCACUCAACCAUCUGCUCAGAGUUCCAUUCCUUUAGCAGCAGUCAAUUCCACCACAAGUAGCAAUGUUUCUCACACUUCAAGCUAAGCAAUGUGAAUGCAUACCUCAUCAUUACUCCUUUUUAUCUCAAUUCUUCAACUGGACAUCAUUAUUCAAGGAGGUCCUCAAAUAGGUUUUUUCUUUUUUCAGUUAUCCCAGUUCCACAUUCAGGUCUAGCACACUUGACAUCAAUUAUCUUCGUGUUUAUAUAAUCUUUUUGUGGUCAUCCCUCUGAUCUUGAAUAAGCCAUGGCCAACCUUGGAAAUUUUAGCAACCCAUACAACCACCUUGCUUUUUUGAAUAACUCCUAAAGAAUCUGCAAGCCCAUUGUGCACAUCUCCAUCCAGAAUCUCCAAUUUUUGGAGUUUGUUCUGCUUAUUUAUGCUUCAAACUUUUUUAUAUGAGAUCAUUCUGCCCAGACUUGAAACUUUCAUUGACUGUGUUUAUGCCUCUUCACCUCAACCCAUUUUGAAUUUGGGAACAAUUUUCCGUUGUUGCAUUGAAAAACCUGUUCAUUAUAUUUCCCAACUUGUAUACAGGGUUUACUGUGAGGAGAAGUAAUCAGGAGACUAAAAUGAGGCUUCACAUUGCUAUCUUAUAUGAUUUGAGAUGCACAGUGAUGUUGUGACAGUGAAAGCUUGACUUGGUACUUAAAUUUAUUACAGAAUACGUGUAUGAAGAAACACAUUUAAAUUAACCCAUUUGAAUGUGUGAUGUCCAUUUUUCAUCUUUUCUUUAAGUAUACCUGAUCAAGCUUUGAUGUGAGAUCAGGUACUUUUAGGAAAGGAUGACAAUUGAUUUUGGUCUUUUGGAGGCUAUUCACAA